ACCAAUGUAUAAAUUAAAAGUUGCGACGUGUCUCUUUGUAUCAUCUCUCUUUUCCUGCAGCUGAAGAUGUCUGGGAAAUGGGUCUCAAGAAUCCCAGAAAGCUUGAUCGCUGCAGCCAGUCUAGCCGUCUUCUUCUUGCUAGACAUUCUAGACCUCGUAAUGUGCUUCAUCUUCAGAAUUGCCGACGGAUUCUUGGAAGGCGCCGCCUCUUCAUGCUGCUGUGUUCAACAGCGACAUCCAUCGCCGCUCCACGCUGAGCUGUCGGAGAGCCUCCAUGGAAGAAGAAACGUAGUUAGGGAAAUGGUGAUGGGCUUCCUCUUCCUCAAGCUUCCACCAUUUCUUACCAGAAAGAGAAAGGGGCCCACGUUUCUUACCAGAAAAAAUAGGUGGUCUGAUUGCGGCUGUCAGUCUUGCCUUUCAUGGACCACUCGUUCCGCCCUUCAUCUUCUUGUCAAACAACAACAAAGAGAGAAGGAGGAGAUUAGAGCAGAAGGAGAAAAUAGUGGGCAGAAUGUGAUAUUCAUACAUGGUUUCCUCUCAUCGUCUUCACUUUGGAAAGAGACCGUCUUCCUCAAUCUCUCCGAACACUCGAGGCAAAACUACAGAUUAUUUGCAGUAGAUUUACUAGGAUUCGGCAGCAGCCCGAAGCCCGAAGACUGCCCCUACACGUUGACGAAUCACGUAGAAAUGAUCGAGAGCUCCGUGAUCGGCCCGUUUGAGCUGAGCUCCUUCCACCUAGUCGCACACUCCAUGGGCUGUGUGAUUGCUCUAGCAUUGGCUGCAAAGCACUCUGCUUCAGUGAAAUCAAUCACUUUGGUAGCUCCUCCUUACUUCUCUGCUUCGCGAGGAGAUGCUACUGCAGAAGCCCUCGGACAGAUUGCUGCAAGGCGGGUGUGGCCGCCAUUGCUGUUCUUCUCGGCCUUCAUGGCGUGGUACGAGCACCUGGGCAGAUGCGCAUGUUUCUUCCUGUGCCGGAAUCACAGAUUCUGGGAAUGGAUUAUAAAGCUGGUAACACGAAGCAGGGAUCUUCACUUCAUGACCACGGAUGUGACACGGCACACUCAUCAUUCGGCCUGGCACACGAUGCACAACGUAGUCUGUGGCGGGGCGAGGUUCUUGGACGGGUACCUGGAGGUGCUGAGGGCAGCCGGGGCGAAGAUCUGUGUCGUGCAGGGGGGGAAGGAUGAAGUUGUGCCUGUGCAAUGCAGCUUGAAUUUGAAGAUGAAGGAUCCAGAGAUAGAGCUUCAUAUCAUACCAAAAGCUGAUCAUAGUGGUGUGAUUUUGGGUAGAGCAGAGGAGUUUACUAGGGAUUUAGAGAGGUUUUGGGCAUGAUGAUUGAAGUAAAUUGAUACUUCUUGACAAAAAAAAAUUUAUAUUUUCACUUAUUUGAUGUUUGA